UAACAACCAAAGAGAUUGGAGGCAAAACCAAACUAGAAACUGUACGCCUUGUGGACGCAGUUAUCAUAACAAUAACUCGUCCAAUCCUUUAAACAAUUAUCGACAAUCGUCAAACUAUCAUUCAAAUAGAAAUUGGCAACAAGAUAGGCAUUAUCAAAGAAGAACUAAUUUUCGCCACAACACGAUAGGCGACGAUAAUAGUAAUAGUAGAACUAGAAUUAGUGAGCCAACAAAUCAAAAUUGUUAUAAUGAUCAAAGAUCAAAUAGCAAAAGUAAUUGGGAUAAGCAAAAAGAAAUCACUAAAGAAUUAGAUGAUAAAAGGGUUAAUCUAAAAGAGGACCAAGAAGUUAAAAAUAAAAAGCCCAGUGAAUUAGCUGAAACCCUUGCAAAAAUCCGAAGAAAGUCCCUACCAGAUAGUUCGGCCAAGACAACCUCUUCGAAUGAAUCGACUGAUGUGAACAGUGCUCAAAGGAAAAACAAUGAUAAAGGCUUAGAGAAGAAGCCCGAAGAAAAUCUCAGUGAAUCCAGUAGUCAAUCAAAAGACAAACCAGAUUCACAUCCAACAUAUCCUAAAAUACAAGUAAGACCUCUGACUGAGCUACUUGAACAAAAUAAAACUGGCAACACCACAAAAGGAGAUCGUCUGGCGGAGAAUUCUUCCCCCAUACCUGCAAAGUUACCCAUCAGGCCUGCUCUUAAAAUUUCACGACGUAGUACCAUUAGCCAUUGUCGGGACAAUGUUGUUAGUUUUAAUGAUCGACUGGCUAGAAUGGACAAGGAGAGUCUCAAGUACAUAAUCAAUAAUAGUGAUACAAUUUUCGAGGAGCAAUUACAAAUUCAAGCACGUCAACGUAUUUGUGAACAGAUUAGUCGUCGUUUGAAAGGCAUUGAAUUCGAAAAACCCAAAAAUAAUCCAGUCAAUGAAGUAAUUGAAGACGAAAUUGUUGAUGCCACUAAACUACCAGCACUUUUUCUGCAAGAAAUUGAAAAUUGUUUUGGACUGGAAAUAUUUGCAAAUCAAAAGACCCUUCAAGACGAUCAGGAGAAAGAGACUAAUCAAACUAAGGAAAGUAUUGGGCAGCCGGAGAAAUGCACUGAAGAAAAGAAGAACGAAAGCGAAAAGUCUGUUGUGGAAUCGAGUAAGGUGAAUAAUGAAAAUACAAAAGAGUUAAUUGCCCCAACUACAGCAUUAAGUUCUUUCGAAAGCGUAAGGUCUACUUUGGAAUCGAGUAAUGUGACUAAAGAAACCCCAAAAGAGUCAAUUACCACAGACAAAGCAGUAAAUAAAAAGUCUUAUGAGUUUUCUCAAAAUUCAGAAAUUUCAAUUCAAAAAUAUAACCAUAAAGAUCAAGUAGUUCUUGUCAAAAAGACUACCGAAAACCUAGAGAACUCUCUUCAAAAGGAUUACGAGGUAGAUGAAGUAGUUCUUGCUAAAGAGACGACUGAAAAUCCACAUGGAAUAGAUAACGAGAAAGAUAAAGUAGUUCUUGCCAAAAAGACUAAUGAAAACACAGAAAACGCACAACAAAAAGAUAAAGAGAAAGAUCAAGUAGUUCUUGCUAAAGAGGUAGAGCUAUCUAAAAUAAAAAGAAAAAGUUCUGGGGAGGAUAAAUUGGAUGAAGAACCCAUAAAAAAACCAAAGGAAACUGUUAAAUCUGACAAUAAGGGCAACGAAAGCGUUAAGGAAAACACCGAAAAGGAAACCGAACCUAAGGACAUGGCCAAACAACGUUCCAGUGACUUAAUGGCACGCCUUAAAGUUGCCGAAGAGUUUAACCAAAGAUUAAAUAGCAACUCGUUGCUUAAUAAUGACAACAAAAAGGACAAGAAAUCGCCCCAAAAAGAUAACUCACCGGAUCAUGAACUUGUUAGAUCUCCAGUCUUGGAUUGUUUAGAAGUGGAAAUUAAAGACGAACCUGUGUUCGUGUGCUCAACAAGUCCAAUGCCCACAGUUGUGAUCAGUUCAUCAGAUGAAGAAGAUUAUGCUGAAAAUGAUGACGAUAACGAUGACGAUGAUGAUGAUGAUGAGGAGGAUGGGGAUGAAGACGUUAAGACUGAUAGCGAUUCCAAUAGUUGUUCUUCUUUUUCGAAAAGUCAUUACAAUGAAGAACUUCAAAGUGGCGUUGUUAUAAAUACUUUUGAGAAACUUAUUCUGCCACAAUUGCCACAGCAAAUGAUUGAAAGGUAUCGAAAAAAUCACUCUGCCACUCUCUAUACGCGUCUGCAGUUUAUCUUUGGCGUGGUAACAAGUAGUAAGCAUAAUCCUCAAGUAUUCAGUAAUACGGAAAUAUCAAAAAUUCAAAAUAAUCUCAAAGAAACCAAUAAUCGUAUUGCCAUUGAAUUUCUGCUCAAGGAAAUUGUUAAUGUGGCAGCGUCACAGCGUGGCAAAGAGGAACAAAAUGGGGCAAAUGGGAUUACGGUCGCGAAAAAUGCUGAGUCAGCAGAGGUGAUACAUCAAAGAAAUCAAGUCGAUGUGUCGCCAACGCCUCCACCACUACCAGUGAGUCAAAACGUCCCCUUGAGUAUGCAAUGUUUACGUCAGCAGCCGUUUAAUUUGCCAUCCAUUCAAUUUGGUAUGGAGUCAAGCAUGCCACGCCUUCAGCUGGGUAGCUGCUACUCCCUGUUAGCUAAUGGUGAAACUAACACUGAAUCCUCCUAUGGUCAGGAUUCCAUUACGCAAAGUCUACUCGAAAUCGAUCGACGCCUCUUGGAAUAUCAGAAUCGACGCAGUUUCAUUGAUGAGAUAAUAAUGAAAUUCCAGAAAGAGAAAUCCGAUUUGGAAAUGCUUACCCUCGAACUGCACAGUCGAAAGUUUCUUAUUCUAAAUACUGUCGUUACGAAAAAUCCAGCGGGAGGUACUCCAAGUCAAGCCGCAACUACACCAACAGUAACGCCCACAAAUUCGCCAUCGCCAGGCUUGGAAUCCACUACAACGGAACUGUCAUUGCCUUCAUCUCCUCCUGUGGCCAGCAAACCAUCUAAGGAAGUGAAUCGACGUAAAAAAUCUAAACGCAAUGCCCGUAGAAAAUUACGUUCGGAAAACGAACAACAGGAAACAGAGUCCAUAUCUAUUCCCAAGCCCAUCAAUCGGAUCAAAGAAGAUCCAGAAAAUGAGGAUAUAUCCUUAGCAGCAAAUUCACAUCCGCCUGUUAAGAAACUACGUAUAACGAAAUCAAAUCUGUCACAACAGCAGCAACCGUUGGCCAUUAUACCACCUCUUCCCCCACCGCCACCGCCGCCAGAGCCCAUUGUUAGUAGUAUGUCAAUUGUGCCACCAUUGCCACCGCCACCAACAUUGCCGGAUUCCAUUGCCAAUAUAUCAUAUUCGCAUCCAAAUCGCAGGGAGAGUAACUCAGAUUUUGACUAUAUUCCAAGUGGACGUUUGCAUAGCAUCUCCUAUCCCAUCACACACAUACGCAUCUAUAAGAUAUACAUUAUCGCUUCCUCUGAGGAUGGCGAUAUCUAUAUGUUUAACAUAAAGAAUCACAAAUUGGAGCGUCAAAUAACAAAGCACAGUGAGGCCAUCACGAAUAUGUAUCUAUGUAAAAAGGAUUCAUACUUGUAUACCACAUCUCUCGAUGGCUUCCUCAAAAAAUCAUCAUUAGAGAAUUUAGAGCGUGUCAUGCAAACAGUGUACUUCAAGGAACCACUACAAUCGAUCGAUCUUGCCUGGGAUCUGGCCUUUAUUGGUAGUCGUUGGGGAAAUUUAUUCACAUUCGAUGUUAUGACCAAUAAAGUCAUGGAAUCGCCAUUACUUUCGACUGGACAAUCCAUAAUAGCUGUCAAAGCAACUAAAGAAGGACCACGUAAGAUCGUUAUCCUUGGUUGCAAGGGAAACUUUGUGUAUAUGCAUGAUGCGACCACUGGACUCUUGUUGCGGCGUCUCACUCUGCCCAAUGAUCUAAACGUUUACAGUUUACUCUUAAAUGAUGGCCAUGUUUAUUGUGGCACGCAGAAGAAUGAGAUCUUCAAGUUUGACUUUGCGAGCGGCAAUUUGGUUGACAAAGUGAGCUGUGGCAAUGGCGCCGUCUCCAUGGUAGCUUAUGGUGAACGAUAUCUAUUGGUUGGCUGCUAUGAUGGUUAUAUCUAUGUGUUGGAUAAGCUCGGAUGCAAUCAAAUGGGACGUUUUGAAGGCGCCGGACGUAUGGUUUUAGCCUUGGCAAUUGCUGGCGAUAAAGUUGUUACUUCAUCGAAAGAUAAAUCUUUGGUCGUCUUGGAAAUUCCACAGCAAAUGAUUAACACGGAGCAUUAAUAGUUACAGUUUUUGAUUUAAUAUUUGAUUAACAUUUUUACGUUUGUCACAAUCAACGUAUACAGGAUUGAAGUUUACACCAAUUAUCUUUCUUUGAUUGUAAACAUUGUAUUUACACAACUUUCUUUAAAGUGAAUAAUGAAUUGUAUAAGCAAUUGAUUUUGAGUUGAAGAACAUUUCUUCGUUAUAAAUAAAAAGAGAAUAAUAAUAUAUUAAUACGUUUUACAA